AUGGCUGGAGCUUUGAUCGGAGAGGCCUUUAUUUCUGCUUCCAUCCAGGUGAUUUGUGACAGAAUUGCCUCACCCGAGUUCAUCGACUUAUUUCGGCACAAGAAACUGGAUCAACUUCUCCUCAUGAAACUGAAGAGGACCCUGUUGACCUUGAACGCAGUGCUUGAUGAUGCAGAGGAGAAGCAAAUUGAGAAACCAGCUGUGAGAGAGUGGCUUGACGACCUCAAACAUGCAGUCUUUGAUGCGGAGGACUUGCUAGAUGAGAUCAACUAUGAAGCUUUGCGAUGCAAGCUGGAAGGUGAAUCUCAAACAGCCGACAAAUUUACCAACAAGGUGUGGAACUUCCUCCCUACUUCUCGUAAUAAGUUUUAUCAAAGCAGGAAUGUUAAGAUACAGGAGUUGUUACGAAAACUAGAAGACUUUGUACAACUGAAAGGUGCUCUUGGUUUGACAGAAGUUGUUGGGAGGAAGGUUUCACAAAGAACUCCAACAACUUCCUUGGUUCAUGAACCCUUUGUAUAUGGUAGAGAUGAAGUCAAAGAAAAUUUAUCAAAAGUGUUGUUCUCCGAAGAUGCAAGCGAGGAAAAUGUGUCUGUCAUCCCCAUUGUUGGAAUGGGUGGGGUUGGCAAGACAACCCUUGCUCGAAUGCUUUACAAUGACGAUAAGGUGAAAGAGCAUUUUACAUUUAAAGCUUGGGCUUGUGUUUCAGAAGACUACGAUGCUAUCAGGGUAACUAAAACUCUUCUUGAGUCAGUCACUUCAAAACCUUGUAAUACAACAGAUCUAAAUUUGCUUCAAGUCGAACUAAAAGAACAACUGAGGGGGAAGAAGUUUUUGUUUGUAUUGGAUGACCUUUGGAAUGAGAAAUAUACUGAUUGGAACUACCUCCAAACUCCUUAUACUUCAGGAGCAAGGGGAAGUAAAGUCCUCGUAACAACACGGAACAAAAAUAUAGCAUCUUUCAUGCAAAAUGUUCCUAUUCAAACCUUGGAGCCAUUGUCACAUGAAGAUUGCUGGUUCUUACUUGCAAAACAUGCGUUUGGAAAUGCAAACUCUAGUUCAUAUCCAAGCUUGGAAGAAAUCGGUAAGAAAAUUGCAUGCAAGUGCAAUGGGUUGCCUUUAGCUGCACAAACACUUGGUGGUGUGUUACGUUCCAAGCUAGACUCCGAGGUAUGGAAUAGAGUACUAAACAGCAGCAUUUGGGAGUUACCUUAUGAGAAAAGUGACAUUCUUCCUGCUCUAGGAUUGAGUUACCAUUAUCUUCCAGCUAAGUUAAAACGAUGCUUUAUUUAUUGUUCAAUUUUGCCAAAGGAUUAUGAAUUCAAGUUAGAAGAUGUUGUUUUUCUUUGGAUGGCGGAAGGUUUAAUUCCCCAAUCUGAGAAUGGGGACAACAUGGAAGAGGUGGCUAAGGAAUAUUUUGAUGAACUGUUAUCCCGAUCAUUGUUUCAAACGUCAGGGAAAUCAUGUUUCGUCAUGCAUGAUCUCAUCAAUGACUUGGCGGUGUUCAUAUCUAAAGGAUUUUGCUCCAGGUGUGAAGGGAAGGAAUCACAUGAAUUGGAAAGAGUUCGCCAUUUGUCAUAUACUAGGAAAAAAUUAGAUGCUAUUGUUAAAUUUGAGCAAUUAAAAGGGGCUAAAUGUUUGCGUACCUAUCUCCCUUUAAAACCAUAUUAUAGGUAUAUUGAAAGUUAUUAUGCAAGUAAAAAGGUUCUGCAUAAUUUGUUGCCAUCACUAACAUGUUUGCGGGUGUUGUCAUUGUCUUGUUAUGCAAAUGUCACUGAGUUACCUGAUUCCAUUAAAAAGCUCAUUCACUUGCGCUAUUUGGAUCUCUCUGAUACUGCAAUUGAAACGUUACCCAGUGUACUUUGCAGCCUCUACAAUUUGCAGACAUUAUUAUUGUCAAAUUGUUCCCGUCUCGUUGAAUUACCUGCAGACUUGAGAAAAUUGAUAAAUUUACAGAAAUUAAUGUUGGGAGGUUGUAAGUCUCUUACUAAAUUGCCUGUAGACAUGUGGGAAUUAAUUAAUUUGCAUCAUCUUGACGUGAGUGGAACUAAAAUUGCAGAGAUGCCAAUGCAAAUGAGUACAUUGAAAAGCUUGAGAACAUUGUCCGCUUUUAUUGUGGGCAAAUCUACUGGGUCGACUAUUGGAGAAUUGGGGGAGCUUCCACAUCUUGGAGGAAAACUUUCAAUUUUGCAGCUACGAAAUGUAGUUGAUGCUAGGGAUGCCUUGCAAGCAAAUUUGAAGGAUAAGAAAAAUCUCAAAGAGUUAGAGUUGGAAUGGGGUGAUGAAGAUGCGGAUGAUUCCCAAAAGGAGAAAGAUGUACUUGAGAAGCUCCAGCCUUGGGUGAAUCUGGAGAAACUAACCAUCAGUGGGUAUGGUGGAAAAGAUUUCCCGAAUUGGCUAGGCGGCUCAUCCUUGUCAAACAUACAAGUCAUGCGUAUUAGUGCUUGUAGUAAUUGUUCGUCGCUGCCGCCAGUUGGGCGGCUACCUACCCUCAGAGAGCUCUGUAUUAUAGAAAUGAAACUUGUUAAGACGAUUGGUGUUGAGUUUUAUGGCAGCAAUGGAUCUUCUGUAAUUCAGCCAUUUAAAUCACUGGAGAAGCUGGAGUUUAGGUUGAUGGCAGAGUGGGAGGAAUGGGUACCAAGUGGAAGUGGAGGUGCAGACUUUCCUUGUCUCCAGGAGCUCAUACUAUGGAAGUGUCCGAAGCUGAGAGGAAGCUUACCUUGUGAUCUACCUUGCUUGAAGAAGCUUAGCGUGAAAGGGUGUGGGGUUUUACAUGAUAAAAGUGUCACUACUACUACUAGUACCAGUCUUAACAUCAACUCCUACAAAUCUCUUGAAGAAAUGAGAAUAGAAUUAGAUGAAGGAUGCCUAACAGGCGUGUUAUCAUUACAAGAAGCAAAGUUUUUGUCCCUACUUGAGAUUGGAUAUUUUGAUGACAUACAGUGCUUGCCCAACUGCAAUCGUCUUCAAAGUUUGAUUCUAUGGAAUUGCCCAACCCUGUCGUCGUUCCCUAAAGAUGGCCUACCCACUACGCUGUCAUUACUUACGAUAUACAAUUGUAGGAGAUUAGAAUCCCUACCUCAUGAGAUGUUGGCCAAAUUGACAUCGCUUGGGCGUUUGUCGAUAUUACAUAGCUGUGAUUCAAUGAGGUCCUUCCCCUUGGGCAUUUUUCCCAAAUUGAUGGUGCUUUGUAUUUCGAAUUGUAAGAAUCUGGAAUCCCUUUCCUUCAUUGAAGAAGAUGGAGUUGAUGUGAAUCUCAGGAAUCUGGAGAUCUUACAUUGUUCAAAUCUGGCGUGUUUUCCCCAGGGAGGAUUGCGCGCUCCCAACCUGACUGAAUUGAAAGUCGAGACAUGCGAGAAGUUGAAGUCAUUACCUGAACGCAUUCACACCCUCACACGCCUUCGAUCUUUGGAAAUAAGGGAUCUUCCAAAUCUAGAGUCAAUUGCAGAAGAUGGGGGUUUGCCUCGCAACCUCCGACAUUUUAGCAUUGAGAAUUGUGAGAGACUGAGGGCUUCAUCAGUGGCAGAGUACUGGGGUUUGCAAGGACUUGUCUCCCUUGAAAUAUUUGUAAUUAGUGGCAGGGGAAGUGACGAAAUCUUGGAGGCGUUGCUUGAGCAACAGCUGCUCCCUACCACUCUUCAACGCCUCGUGAUCAGACAUUGCUCAAGUCUGAAAUCUUUGGACGCAAAGGGAAUUAAACACCUCACUUCUCUUUCUUUUCUGAGCAUCUCUAAUUGUUCUGCCCUGGAAAAAAGGUAUAAGAAGAAGACGGGAAAAGCUUGGGCCAACAUAUCUCACAUUCCAUGCAUCAAGAUAGGCAAAGAAGUGAUCAUCCGAUGUUGA